CGGGCAGAGGAGGGCUUCACCGAGGAAAUAAGACAGAGCCUUUGGUCAAAGGACAGCUCAGCUGGUCAACACUUCUGUUAGCCGCACUAAACUUGUGCCUUUUUCCUAUUUCCAGAGAGAAUUUUUCACAGGGACUGUGCUUUUGAAGGCUACUUUUUAGCAAGAGCAUUCAAAACCACCUAAGGUUGUGUAAAAACUUAGAACUUUUACACAGAGACAUGGCAAAAAUACAUGUAAGCGUGAUGGCUAUGGGGAUCACACUGCUCCUGUUAGCAGAGACCCAGGCCCAAAAUCCCAAGAAGAAGCUGAUCCCUCCGAAAACCAACAAGGCUCAGUGCUGCGAUGAGGUACGCUCUCUCAAAGUUCAGGUGGCUAAUCUGACCAGUCUCCUCGAGGACCUGAGUCACAAGCAGGAGACAGACUUAAUGAAUGUGGUGAGGCAAAUAAUAGAGCUGGACCAGCAGAACCGGCAGCAAGAAGCCCGGGUCACAGAGGCAGAGAGCAAGUAUUCAGAAAUCAACAACCGUGUGGAGAUCAUGCAGCUACAGACCCUGCAGUCUGCUGCUACUCAGACUUCCUCAGAUGCCAUAUAUGACUGUGCAUCUCUCUUCACCAAGAACUAUAAGAUCUCUGGCGAGUACAAACUGCCCAAAGAUGAGUUUCUGGGUACACCUGAACUCAAUGUUUUCUGUGACAUGGAGACAAAUGGAGGUGGCUGGACUCUGAUUCAAAGGCGAAAGAUUGGCCUGACCUCCUUCAACCGGGACUGGAAGCAGUACAAAAGCGGAUUUGGAUCCAUCCGCGGUGACUUCUGGCUGGGCAAUGACAACAUCUUUCGCCUAACAAGACAGCCCAGUGUGCUCAGGAUUGAGAUGGAGGACUGGGAAGGAAACACACGCUAUGCUGAGUAUGGCUUUUUCACUGUGAGUAAUGAGCUCAACAGCUACAAGCUCUUCCUUGCCAACUACAGUGGGAAUGCUGGAGACUCCUUGCGCUACCACAACAACACCAACUUCAGCACCAUGAACAAGGACAAUGACAAAUGUGUGGAUGACUGUGCUGCCCUGCGCAAAGGUGGUUACUGGUACAACUGCUGCACUGACUCCAAUCUGAAUGGCGUUUUUUACCGCUACGGAGAGCACACAAAGAACACAGAUGGGAUCACUUGGUACGGCUGGCACGGGCCCAACUACUCCCUCAAGAAAGUGGAGAUGAAGGUCCGGCCAGUGGGUUUUCAACCAUAAGUGCUUCAGCUGUAUGUUCUGGAUCAAGAUCUUAAGCAUCAACACAGAGAGAUCUCACUAUUACCUGUUCAACCAAAUGGUGGCUUUCCCUUACCUGUGAAAGGAUAGAAAUAGUUUGUGAUGGUCUGGUUAAACUUAAGUCAGAUGAAUGUGUAAUGUUUCUGCCGUGUUUGAUUGUAAAUUGUAGUUCCUUUUGUGUAUUUAUCAGUAAAAUAUUUUAUUUUUUAAAAGCUUUAAUAGAUGCUCUUUUACCACUGUCCCAUAUGGGUAACUGGAUAUCGAUUCUUUCUCUUUUUUCCUGAAUGCAACAGGAUUUUUCUUAGUUAACAGAAGCCGUUUAGGGUAGCAGCUAGAAUCAGUCCGGACUGGUCUGGUUGAGCUGCAAAUCAUUUUAGACUGGUAACAACUAAGGAAAAAGGACUGUGGUGAGAUGCUGGGAUGGGACCAACCAAAGUUAUUUUCUAUAAAUUACACUUUAUUUUGUAAACCUUUAAUCACUCAUGUUGGAAAUGUGUACUUUGUAAAAUGUGUACAGCUCUGUGAUUAUGUUGUAUUACAUGAUAGAAAAUAAAAAUAUUUUUAAAAGAAA